CGACGACGACGACGACGACGACAUGACAGACGGCGUCACAGGCCACUCCAGGCGGCCAACAAUGACGUCCGAGUCGUUCAUCGACCACAAGCCGUUCCUGUCAGACCGGUUCGACGUGCACGACUACGCGAAUGCCGUGCUGCAGGGGCGCGCGUACCGCCCCGACGAGGAGGACGGUGUUGCGGGAAGCAGCAGCCGGCGGGAGGAGAAGGGCGACUUGAGCGUCGAGGUCGCGAGGCUGAAUUAUGGGAUUGAGGACGCGACACGGCAACUGCGACAAGAGAUAACAGCAUCGUACCCCCUCCUCCUGUCGCACCUGACCACCUCGCUCGCGCUGAGCUCGCACCUCGCGCCCAUCCGCUCCUCUCUCGACUCGCUCUCCUCCUCCAUCGACAGGCUGCACACCAAGAUCCACACGCCGCACACCGAGCUGACCGUGCUCGUGCGCCGGCUGGCACUGCUCGCGCACGCGAGCGACGUGUCGCGCCGCGCCGCGCGCUUCGUGCUCGUUGCGCGCCGCCUCGAGGGGCAGAUGGUGCGCAUGAAGGAGGGCGCGGCGGGGCAGGGCGGCGACGCGGGCGACGGCGAGAAGGAGCGCGAGCUGGCGAAGGCCGCGCUGAGCGUCACUGAGCUCGACGCGCUCCUGGCCCCUGCGUCGGACGACGACCUGGAUGUCGACGCCGAGGGUGGCGGCGGCGACGCGGCGCGCCCGAUCCCCCUGCAGAAGCUCGACUUUGUCGCGGCGUACAUCCCCGUCGUGGACCGCGCGCGCGACGCCAUCAUCCAGGAGAUGGAGGGCAUGGUGAUGAGCGGGCUGGCCAACCUGAACCAGCCGCUCCUCAGCAGCAGUUUACAGGCGGCGCACAACCUGCGGCUGCUUCCGGACCUGGUGAAGAACCUGCUCGACGACCUGAACGACGCGGUGGUGGACCGGGUGAAGCGCGCUUUCGACAGCGCGGCGAUAGGGCGCGAGGUCGCGGGCAAAGAGUCGCACGGGAUCACGUUCACGACGCGGAGCCGCACCCAAUCGGCGCCGACCAGCGCGACGCUCCCCGCCUGGACGGCCGUGCUCUGGCAACGCCUCGACAAGGUCGUCGACGACGUCGCAAACUGCUGCAUCAAGGUGUAUACCCUCGAAAAGGUGCUCCGCGUUAAGCGCGACGCCGUGACGCAGGUCGAGUUCCUCGACGAGGUGAUGAAGAAACUCGACGAAAAGCCAAGCUUCACCUUCUGGACGACGCUCGCCAAGGCGUUUGAGCAGCAGACGAGCGAGGCGGCGCGCGCUGGCGGAUGGCUGCAAACGGCACUGAGUACCGGCUACCCGCGCCUCCUGCGCCUGUUCCACGACUUCUUCGCCAAGAUUGCCGUGCACACCGACACGGUGUACACGAGGGAGACGCAGAGCCCCGAGGCCGUCCUCGUCCUCCGCUCCGUGUCGACCUUUGAAUCCCUCUACCUCGGCCGCUCGACGUCGCGCAUGAGCGACGCGGUGAAUGCUGCCUUGGCGCAGUACAACGUGUCGCGCGGCACGGCCCCGGGCGCGGUCGAGGGCGUCAACAUUGCGCGGACGAUCACCAACGAGCUCGACUCGGCACGCUUCGACCCCUUGCUCGUCCGCACGGUGGCACGUAACGCCGUCAAGGUGCUGGCGAGCCUCAAAACCCGCGCAGAGAGCGCCCUCGUGCGCGACUUUACCGCGACGUCGCUCAUCGGGCCUGGCCCCACCCCGGCACAGGUGCUCAACGCGCAGCUCGUCUCAUGCCUGUACCACGCGCGCCUCAACCUCUCGUCACUGCAAGCGCAGUUCGGCCCCAAGGUCGCCGAGAUCCUCGAGCCAAAUGUCUCGGCCCUCGAGGGCGUCUACACGCGCGUGACGGACGCGCUCGACGUCGCCAUCCGCCGCGAGUUCUCCACCAUCCUCGCCCGCAUCCACCGCGUAGACUUUAGCAAGCCCGUCGACCCCAUGGCCAUGGGGACGAGCGGCGCGCCGUACAUCCAGGACCUGAGCGACAAGCUCACGUUCCUGCGGACGGAAAUCCUCGGCAGGAUGUCGCUGGGCGAGUACCUCCGCGAGUGGGUGCUCUCCUUGUCCCGCUUCCUCAUCUCGACGUUCCUCCUGCAGGCGUCGAUAGCCCGCCCGAUGGGCGAGAGCGGCAGACUCAAGCUGACGGGCCACAUGACCGAGUUCGAGAUGGGCCUGCAGAACUUUUUAAACACGGGCCGGGUAGCGGGCGCGAAGAACGCGCUCAAGGUGUCGCAGAUUGGCGAAGAGUACCUCGCGCUGCGCAGCUUCCGCACGCUGCUGUUUGCCGACAAGGCGUCGCUCGCCAACCCCGUCGACACGGCCCACCUGCCCCCGUUGAUCGUGCUGCACCACGUCGUUGUGCGCUCGGCCCUGCGCCUCCCGCACGAGAUGCACGGGUGGACAGAGCACGAGUAUGUCCUCUGGGUGCAGAAGCACGACGACGAGAACGAGCAGUGGGAGCUGUUUGAGAAGGCGAUCGACGACCAGGUUGUUGGGGCGGAGAGCAGCGGCGGCGACGACGACGACGCGCAGACGGUGCGCUUGGUCAAGGAGGUGCUCACGCACGCGCGGCAUCAUCACGAGGGAGAUCCGAAGGGCGAGACCAAGUAGACGACUACUGCAUGCAUGC